ACAUAAUAUUAAAUGUUUUACAGAUGGCUGGUACAACAGUAUUUCUACUUCUGCUAGUCUUCGCAGUCCUUGCAACCGCCAAGGAUUAUGUCCUGGAGGACUUGAUUGCUGAGGAGAGCGGGACAAACAACAGGAGAGUCAUCCACAACAUUGGAGAUGAUUUGGACCAGUCAAAAGCCAAGAAAGUUGUCCAGCAAAGCAGAGUAGAAGAUACGAUCCGAACAGUCCAAGAGCCUCUCACAGGUCCGGGGUACAAACAGGAACCUAAUCAAAGUGCUGCUGUCAAGGAUAAGGGUGGGGGAAGAAAAGAAGAAGAUGAUGAAGACAAAAAGACACUGUCACAACAAGUACAAGAAGGAAGAUACAGCUUACUGCAAGAAGAUAUUUUUGCCAAAAUACCAAAGAGGCCGGGGAUAAUAAGCUAUGAAGUAAAUCCUGAAGUUCCAAAGGACAAUGUUAACAACCUUGGUGGCUUAAAACCGGAGGAAAUAUGGUUAGCUGAAAAUCAUUUGCUGAUUUUGGCAGGGGGAAGUUUUGACAAUAAAGAAUCCAAUCAACCCAUUUGGCCUCCAAUUGAUAAUUACAUUGCACCACAACGACAAGUGAAAAUUCCACCGAAUCCCAAAGUGCCACCACCGUUUCCAGUGCAACUUAAACCAGGUGGUCCUAUUGAAUUCAUAAAGAAUGAAAAUGGUACUGGUGGUCCUCCUCCUUUUCUCCCUCCUUUCUUUCCUUUAUCUGAGAAUGCUUCGUUUCCAUUCCCAUCUUCAGAUAAUGGUCCGGGAAACUUAACACCGGGGAACGGACCUUACCUUCCACCUCCGUUCCCCUUUUCCCCACCACUGAACGGAUCUUUCUUCCUUCCACCACCGAGGGGAUUCCUACCACCAAUUCCACCAGGAGCAGCUUUUCUUCCUCCACCAGGAAACCUUACCGAUCAAUUCGACGAAGACGACCCAUCUCUCUAUUAUCCUCCACCUUACGACUUCUACUACCCAAAAGACAACAGUUCUUUAGUGCCGCCCGGACCUUUAGUUCCCGGUAUCGUCCUGCCUCCGCCGCCGGACUUCUUCGCACCAUACAAAAACACAACAGCGUCUAAAGCCAGGAGACCACAGACAAGACCGCCUUUCAAGAGCAAACCGACAACAAGAAAACCUACUAAGCACAAAAAUGUUCAUAUCAUUACUAGUACGGAAGAUCCUUAUAAUGGAGUCAAGAUAAAACCAAGUAUUGGAAAAGUGAACAUACUUACAACACCUCCACCAUUAGUUCGUACAACUUUCACUCCACCACCUGUGACUACCAAUAUCUAUACAAGACCACCAUCUGUCAAAACUACAACUGACAGCUCACUCAAUGAAAUUACAAGACCAACAAUUGUGCAUGCAUUGCCUCCAAAUGCUGUAGUAAAGGGUUGGGUGCCUAUUCCGGCACCACAUCCUUACUAUAUUACAAGUGCCAGAAAACCAUUGAGAAAAGGGACCACCACAACAAUACCACCCGAUUAUAACUCCAUCACACCACCAGAAGACCAAGGAUACGUAUACAACGCUCCUGAUUAUGAACUGUCAAUCAAUAGUUGGCUAUACCCAAACAAAUCAAAAACGUAUGAUCAAGAGCAGCAAUACUUCAAAACCAUCACUCAACCUCCAAAACAAGAUUUUUAUUAUGACGAUUUUUACUCUGACAAAGGUCAGUUCUAUACUUCUACAGAAUCUCCUAUCGGUUAUGAUGACCAAACAAAAUUAAAAUCACUAUUUUACCCGACCAGAUCACCACCUACAACAAUAGUGCCACCUCGCUUGUAUGGCUCAAACGUAGGCAACCGAGGAAAAUCGUUGAAGACAUAUUACUUCUACGAGGAACCACAUAUUUCAGAAGGCCAACUGACUGAUGCAGAAAAUAUACCUCAACAAUACAGAGGUGGAAACUCCCACACCAUAACAGAGGAGGUUUACAUCAACACAGCUGCUAAACAGUCCGUUCAAGGUCGUUUCAAACCCUCUCCCCUGGACUACUUUUAUCCUCAAGACUACAGCAACACCGGUGCACAGCAGACCACAACAGAAUCCCCACUGCAGUAUUACUACGUACCUGAACACACAAAGGAUUUCGAUAGCUACCCUUACCCUCCAUCUGUAGGGAGCACACCUAAACCGAGAACAUCCACCAAACCUCCCGUCUACGAAUACAGUUUUUCAAUUCCUGGAUACGGUUCAUUAGACUCUCCGAAGGUAGGAAUUGCAAAACCCGAAGAAUACCCUGCAAAGUUUGAUUAUCAGACAACGGCUAAGCCGUACAACGAACAACUGUACACGACUUCCACUCCGACUACAACUGCAUCACCUGUCUACAGGAACCAACUCCGUGGCGAGAGCCAAUAUUAUACCACACAGAGACCUUCAAUCCAGUACUACACUACACAGAAACCACAAGUUGAACAAGCCAUACAAACGGAGAAUCCUUAUCACGCUUUCUUCACCCAUCACGAUGCCGGCCUUAUAGAUGACAUAACAAAAAAAUAUUUUACAACUUUCGGGCAGAAACUGAACAAAGAUUCAAUAAGAGGAGAAGCUUUGACCACACCAUUACCACCGGUAGCCAAUGAUCCCGUACAACCGUAUUACACACAGACUUCUCCGAGACCACAGUACUACGAGAACGACAGACCCAGACCGCAGUAUCAACAUUCUCCUCCACUGGCUGUGUCUGGAUUUUACACAACAGCUCCUCCACCCCAGAACUAUCCCCAGAGAGUCAAGUACUCUCGUCCAGUAUACAGUCAAUACUAUGAUCAGCGAUCACAGUCCUCCAUCGUGUCAACACAAAAACCGAUCUCACUCAGCUCAGACAUCUUGGUUAACUUCAAGGAACCUCUUCCUCCAAUAAAUCCGGACGCCGAAUUCAUCGAUACCUCCAAUCCCAGUCUGUCCAAGCCUGAACAGUCAUUCAUCUCCUAUCGGCUGCCAGGUAACGGCGGAGGCCACUUCUUCUUCCUGACACCUCAAGUGGCCCAGCAGAGCCAGCAGUACUCUGACUACGUGUACGACGCCGAGCGCACUGGGACCUACUACAAGCGCAACGUACGGCGGCCCCAAAACCAGCGGAAACGACCCGCCGUAUCACGCACGUCAUGAGACUGAACUA